CGAAGGAAAAGCAACGUCAGCCAUUGGACUUUGGUAAAAGCUACUGUAUUAACUGAAUGCAACAAAGUAACAGUUUUAUAGAGACAAACGUAUAGCAAAUAGCUACAUGGAACAUUCAUCUGUGAACAGCGUUGAGGUACUGUACGUUCUCACAAUGUGUAAUAGUGUUGUUGGGCUAACUCAUUCAAAAUAAGUGCCAUACUUGUCAUACUUUAUUUUGAUAUUUUAGCUGGUCAUGGCUAGAAGGAAUGCAGCUAUUUGUCAAAGUGACGUCAAAAGUCGCGUCGAGGAUACUUUUAAAAUUUUAGGUAAUUCUAACCCCUUUCUUAACUGAAACCUACUUACCCUAACCUGCUACGUAGUUACUUCUGACAUUCGCUGCAUUUCAUCUAGUCAAAACCAUUUCAUGUAUGUUAUGAUUUAGCUAGCUAGUAGUAGUAGGCCUACAGUACAGAAGAUGGACACUGGAGGCUAUUUAUUGUGAAAUAGGUUAGUUUGAUAUACAGUGCAUUCGGAAAGUAUUCAGACCCCUUCACUUUUUCCACAUUUUGUUACAUUACAGCCUUAUUCUAAAAUGGAUUGAAUACAAAUGUUCCUCUUCAAUCUACACACAAUACCCCAUAAUGACAAAGCGAAAACAGGUUUUUAGAAAUGUUUGCAAAUUUAUAAAAAACAGAAAUACCUUAUUUACAUAAGUAUUCAGACUGUUGGUGAACACAUAAUAAGGAGAGGGAGUACAAACCAUUCGACGCUAGACAGAGAGGAAUUUGCUUAAUGCAAAAAGGCAGUUUAUUAAAACAGAGAGAUCUUGUCCUGCUCAAGCUACAUGCAUGGACCCCAAUCAAUUGCCUCUUAUGGAGACAGUUGAGAAGGAUGUUUAAACAGAGUUUACAGCAUUACUUUAUACAAUGUAACAUAAAGGAAGGGGUCCUUCUUCUAGUCCCUUGAUUGGUUCCCGAGGCGUAGGAGGCGGGUUUGCUCUGUCCAGAGCAGAUGCCCCAUUGGUGCACGGCAGAGUCCUCUGCCCUUGGCACCCGACCAGUAGAAAAAGGAGUGGAGUUUGAGUGUGCGUGCAGUGAAAUAUUGGUGUGUGUCAAGAGAAAGUGGUGGGGAGUAUCUGGUGGUUUAUGGCCGGAGAGGGGGUGUUGUCCUGUUAUCGCAUUCCUGCAAGACUAGGUCAUCUGGUGAGAAGAUAUGGUGUUCUCCUCUGUCCUUUGUUCUCUGACCUAAAACAGCAUUUAUUAAAAACAGGCUCCUAACACAAAAUUGGUCUUGCACAACAUUUUAGUCAGACCAAUCUAUAACAUUUUAUAUUUACUACGACAAAUUAUAUUUACUACGACAAGACCCUUUGCUAUGAGACUCGAAAUUGAGCUCAGGUGCAUCCUGUUUCCAGAGAUAAUCCUUGAGAUGUUUCUACAACUUGAUUGGAAUCCACCUGUGGUAAAUUCAAUUGAUUGGACAUGAUUUGGAAAGGCGCACACCUGUCUAUAUAAGGUCCCACAGUUGACAGUGCAUCUCAGAGCAAAAACCAAGCCAUGAGGUCGAAGGAAUUGUCCUUAGAGCGCCGAGACAGGAUUGUGUUAAGGCACAGAUCUGGGGAAGGGUACCCCAGUAUUGAAGGUCCCCAAGAACACAGUUGCCUCCAUCAUUCUUAAAUGGAAGAAGUUUGGAACCACCAAGACUCUUCCUAGAGCUGGCCGCCCGGCCAAACUGAGCAAUCAGGGGAGAAGGGAACCCGAUGGUCCAAGAACCCGAUGGUCACUCUGACAGAGCUCUAGAGUUCCUCUGUGGAGAUGGAAGAACCUUCCAGAAGGACAACCAUCUCUGCAGCACUCCACCAAUCAGGCCUUUAUGGUAAAGUGGCCAGACGUGUAAAAGGCACAUGACAGCCCGCUUGGAGUUUGCCAAAAGGCACCUACAGGACUCUCAGACCAUGAGAAACAAGGUUCUCUAGUCUGAUGAAACCAAAAUUGAACUCUUUGGCCUGAACGUCAAGCGUCACGUCUGGAGGAAACCAGGCACCACUCAUCACCUGGCCAAUACCAUCCCUACGGUGCAGCAUGGUGGUGGCAGCAUCCUUGAUGAAAACCUGCUCAGGAUUUCAGACUGGAGCGAAGGUUCACCUUCCAACAGGACCACAACCCAAAGCAUACAGCCAAGACAACGCAGGAGUGGCUUCGGGACAAGUCUCUGAAUGUCCUUGAGUGGCCCAGCCAGAGCCCGGAUUUGAACCUGAUCGAACAUCUCUGGAGAGACCUGAAAAUAGCUGUGCAGCAAUGCUCCCCAAAGUUUGAGAGGAUCUGCAGAGAAGAAUGGGAGAAACUCUCCAAAUACAGGUGUGCCAAGCUUGUAGCAUCAUACCCAAGAAGACUCAAGGCUGUAAUCGCUGUCUAAGGUGCUUCAACAAAGUACUGAGUAAAGGAUCUGAAUACUUAAAUAAGUAAAUGUGAUAUUUCAGUUUAAUUUUUUAUUUUACAUUUGCAGAAAUGUCUAAACCUUUUUUUCUUUGUGAUUUAUGGGGUAUUGUGUGUAGAUUGAUGAGGCGAAAAAAACUCUUUAAUCCAUUUUAGAAUAAGGCUGUAACGUAACAAAAUGUGGAAAAAGAUAAGGUGUCUGAAUACUUUCCGAAUGCACUGUAUGUCUACAUUUUGUAUUUUCUUGCUUCAGAGAUGGUCUUUUCAGUGUUUCCUACUUUGUACUCCCUGCACAUUUUCGUGAAUGUCAUAGUCAUAUAACAAGCGCUCUUCUCUAUAGGUAUCACCAGAGAGCAAUGGGGAUUCUGUCGCUCUGUGUCACAAUGAGGAAGAGAGCAGGAAUCAACCAGCACAUGGUGGCCCUCAAGUCCAGCUGUGUCGUUUCUACUCACAGGGACGGCACUGUAACUUUGGGAGGAAGUGCCGCUUCCUCCAUCAAAGAGGAGAUGCCACCACCCUCACCCAGGGAAAGGUAGAGAACAGGACAAACAGAAGGUCAGAACAGGAGAACCAAAGAGGGACAGGCCCUCACAGCCACCCUGGAAUCACACAGCAGAACCCAGUGGUUGACAGCCCUGGAGAUGUAGGCCACAGGCUGCCCUCCAAACCAAGGGCUGCUCCAACCAGAGGUGAGAGAGCCAGCAAUUGCCGGCCCUGUCGCUAUUUUCUCUCUGGGUGCUGCACCAUGGAGGAUAGAUGUCACUACUGGCACCCACCACAGUUCCCCCCAGUUGAUGACCAGCCUGUAGGAGACGGAGGAAGGCCCAGGGUGCCCCAUGCCCCCCCUCCCAGUGCCUUUCAGGUGGUCAAGCUGAGUGACCUGACUGACGAUGUCACCAAACAGCUACGGGACACUGAGAUCAAGCAGCUGAUAAAGCGUUUUCCCAAAGAACAGCUUAUUGUUCAGGAACGGAGCGACGGCAAAGUCACCUUCUACCGAGCCACAGUACAGCCCACUGAUCCAGACUGGGUAAACAUUGUCUGCAUUAUUCCAAUCCACAAUAACAAGGCCUCGACAAGGCCAUUGUCUUUUAUUGUUUCUACUAUGAUAUAGUUUUAUGAACAUCAUAGGAUUGUUGCAACAUUGAAAAGUGUGCAUAAAAACAUGCUGACUCACUCCUUAUACUGUUUCACAGCCUUUUGACUUGAAAGACGUUGACAUAAUGGUGAGCUUUCCGGAAAAGUACCCACAAGAGGUAAACAACAUCUUUGACCUACAAAUCUCAUCUGUUUGAAAUAAUCAUAUUGUGUCUAGAGUUUAAGACUCAAGGUGGAAUUAUAUAUUUUUUCUCCAGGUAUUUACAUUAGAUAUACCACUGGACCAGGACUUGCCAUCUGUUAUGGGAAGGUGAGAGAAACUUUAUUUUAUUUUCAAUGGCUUUACAGUCUAAAUACAAUAACACUUUGAUAAGUAUUGAUACAUUUUCUCAAUGUGUCUGUCCACAUAGAUAUGUUGAACAAGCCUCACUGGAGUGGCUGCAGGCUAAGCAUGCCACCAAUCAGUUGAGGGGAAAGGUGGAGCUGCUCUUCCGGCCCUUCCUUCGCUGGUUGGAUCGCAGCAUGGAAAGACUGUUCACUGAGGGAGCCAGGCAGGUGAGACUGUAGACUAAAAUAAAAACAGUUCCAUUUACGUUAGUCUCCUUAGUAUGAGAUACUUCUGGUAACCUCUGUUUUCCAUGAGAGACUCUGGUGAUGUUAUGAAUUCUCUGUAUUGCAUUAGUUUAUUUCCUUAAAACGACUUAACAACUUGAAGGCAGAGUUCUAAUAUUUUCUCUCUUUUUUAAAUCUCUCCUCAGCUGAAAAAAGACAUGGAGAUAGCAAAGGCUGGAAUUCAGUUUGUGCCAUACCAGCAGCUCCAGGCAACUGUGUGCAAAGAGCCUGCCACUGAUGAAAUGCCUGACCCUGUCCUCUACACUGCAACUGACGAGGAGAGCAGAGAAGAGAGAGGAGGAGAAGAUAAGGAGUGGGAAGAACUAUUGGACCCUGGCUGUGAUGAUGAUGAUGAUGAUGAAGAGGACCGGGGGAAGGUGGAGAACAUUAAGAUCAGUGAGCCCCGUAGAGGAACAGAGGUGAAACUGCUGGGCCUGAGUCUGGGAGAGGGUACGGCCACCGUGGUCGCCACACAGAUCACUGUGUGUCUGCAGUGCAGCAGGUGAGCAGACAGACGGUCCUCCACUGAUGCCAUCUACUGUAGCCUACACUGUAUCUUACAUAUUCCCCUUGGAAUAUUGCCUAUAGGAGGAAAGAGUCAACUUAUCUGCACAUUUUUUUGGGUUGAUGGGACUUGGGAGAUGUGACAUAAGUGUGUGUCUGUCUGGCCUUUGUAUGUUGUUUGCAGGUGUAAGGUGACAGCAGACCUUACUCUAAAUGGCAGGAACCCUUGCACGGCCCAGUGUGAGAAGUGCAACGCAGGGAUCAGUGCUGCCUUCAGACCCAGCAUGCUGCACCACUACAGUGAUGUCCUGGGCUAUCUGGACCUGGGCACCGCUGCUCCUGUGGACCUGGUCCUGCAGGACUGUGAACUGGUCGUGGGCUGCCUCAACUGCUCCAAAGAGGGACCUGUGAAGGUCACCAACACUCCUCUGUCCAUUGCUCCAUUCUUGUCUUAUUAUGAUGAUGAAAGUAUUUAUAGUGAGGGGAAAAAAGUAUUUGAUCCCCUGCUAAUUUUGUACGUUUGCCCACUGACAAAGAAAUGAUCAGUCUAUAAUUUUAAUGGUAGGUUUAUUUGAACAGUGAGAGACAGAAUAACAACAAAAAAAUCCAGAAAAACGCAUGUCAAAAAUGUUAUAAAUUGAUUUGCAUUUUAAUGAGGGAAAUAAGUAUUUGACCCCCUCUCAAUCAGAAAGAUUUCUGGCUCCCAGGUGUCUUUUAUACAGGUAACGAGCUGAGAUUAAGAGCACACUCUUAAAGGGAGUGCUCCUAAUCUCAGUUUGUUACCUGUAUAAAAGACACCUGUCCACAGAAGCAAUCAAUCAAUCAGAUUCCAAACUCUCCACCAUGGCCAAGACCAAAGAGCUCUCCAAGGAUGUCAGGGACAGGAUUGUAGACCUACACAAGGCUGGAAUGGGCUACAAGACCAUCGCCAAGCAGCUUGGUGAGAAGGUGACAACAGUUGGUGCGAUUAUUCGCAAAUGGAAGAAACACAAAAUAACUGUCAAUCUCCCUCGGCCUGGGGCUCCAUGCAAGAUCUCACCUCGUGGAGUUGCAAUGAUCAUGAGAACGGUGAGGAAUCAGCCCAGAACUACACGGGAGGAUCUUGUCAAUGAUCUCAAGGCAGCUGGGACCAUAGUCACCAAGAAAACAAUUGGUAACACACUACGCCGUGAAGGACUGAAAUCCUGCAGCGCCCGCAAGGUCCCCCUGCUCAAGAAAGCACAUAUACAGGCCCGUCUGAAGUUUGCCAAUGAACAUCUGAAUGAUUCAGAGGACAACUGGGUGAAAGUGUUGUGGUCAGAUGAGACCAAAAUGGAGCUCUUUGCCAUCAACUCAACUCGCCGUGUUUGGAGGAGGAGGAAUGCUGCCUAUGACCCCAAGAACACCAUCCCCAUCGUCAAACAUGGAGGUGGAAACAUUAUGCUUUGGGGGUGUUUUUCUGCUAAGGGGACAGGACAACUUCACCGCAUCAAAGGGAUGAUGGACGGGGCCAUGUACCGUCAAAUCUUGGGUGAGAACCUCCUUCCCUCAGCCAGGGCAUUGAAAAUGGGUCGUGGAUGGGUAUUCCAGCAUGACAAUGACCCAAAACACACGGCCAAGGCAACAAAGGAGUGGCUCAAGAAGAAGCACAUUAAGGUCCUGGAGUGGCCUAGCCAGUCUCCAGACCUUAAUCCCAUAGAAAAUCUGUAGAGGGAGCUGAAGGUUCGAGUUGCCAAACGUCAGCCUCGAAACCUUAAUGACUUGGAGAAGAUCUGCAAAGAGGAGUGGGACAAAAUCCCUCCUGAGAUGUGUGCAAACCUGGUGGCCAACUACAAGAAACGUCUGACCUCUGUGAUUGCGAACAAGGGUUUUGCCACCAAGUCAUGUUUUGCAGAUGGGUCAAAUACUUAUUUACCUCAUUAAAAUGCAAAUCAAUUUAUAACAUUUUUGAUAUGCGUUUUUCUGGAUUUUUUUGUUGUUAUUCUGUCUCUCACUGUUCAAAUAAACCUACCAUUAAAAUGAUAGACUGAUCAUGUCUUUGUCAGUGGGCAAACGUACAAAAUCCGCAGGGGAUCAAAUACUUUUUUCCCUCACUGUAUAUCUGGGUGAACUUUUGAUCUAAGACAGUCUGUCUGAUUUUGUGUAUUAUAUUUUGUCUGCAGAACCUUUUGUAUGGCCAGAGCAAGGAGUUCAACUGCCAGCACUGUCACAGCAAACUCAACAUCCUGGUUGACAGCACACGAUUCCAGUAUAUUCCGCCAUGCAAAGAGAAAACCGGUCAGAAACAAAGGCCUAUAGUAGGAUUUUAAUGAUGAAACAUGGAAGAAGGUUAAACAGCUGUUUUGGCUAUUCUGUCUGUAAUGCAUAGUUGUCUGUACUGUACAGGACACAGCGACUCUUCACUGACCUAUCGGCGUAACAUAAGGGACCCUGCCAUACAGAUGGGGAAACCACUACCUGAGAAGGGAGCAUGCAAACACUACAGACAGAGUCAUCGCUGGCUCAGGUUCUUAACAACCUCUUUCCCUUUAACAUAAUUUUGUCUUGCCAAAGUAAACUUUGCUGGUGAGUGACAUCCCAUGGGUGUGCUCUCAGGUUCUCAUGCUGUGGCCGGGCCUACCCCUGUGACGUGUGUCAUGACGAGGACCAGGACCACCCCAUGGAGCUGGCCACCAGGAUGAUCUGUGGUCACUGCUGUAAAGAGCAGGUAAGCUGCCUGGCCUCUAGCAAAACUUCUAUCAGAUGGAUAGAGUAGUGCAUCUUCGUUGGCAUUGGUGUCUCAGUAGGCUAGAUUCCAACCCUAAACUGCUGUUGUCCUUCCAUGCAGCCGUACAGCAAUGGGAAGCCCUGUGUCAGCUGUGGAGGCAUGAUGACGAGAGGUGCCUACUCCAGUCACUGGGAGGGUGGACUGGGCUGCAGGAGCAAAGUCAAAAUGAGCAGGUACUAUACUGUACACGCAUGCAUACUGAUGUUGUCUAAACAUAUCUUACUUUAAAACUGAACUACAUAUUUUUGUUCAAACCUGAUGAAAUUGUGCAUUCAUAAAUCUAUUUUCUCUCAUUUACAGAAAUGAUAAACAGAAGUAUGCCAACACAAACAAAACAAUUUCACGGAAAGCCAGCGAAAAGAAAUAAUCAGAGACAACAUGUUAAUGUUAUGGCAGUGGUUGAUUAUCAGGCUUGCUCUAUCAAUGCCUUAUUGUUUUCUAAUAAAUCAAGUGAGUAUUGUAAUGUUACCCAGCUGAUGUGAUUGGUGAGGUUUGAGCCCCGGUCCUGGAGUAGCACUCAGCCUUGUUGCCCUGGUGUGAACAUGCAGCAGAACACUCUCCGGCACAGUACAAUACAAGUAACCCUGGUGCUUGUGCUCACUGUAAUCACAGACACUCCCAUUAGGUUUCUUAUCUCUGCAACAGCCUCCCCAAGUGCCUUGUAAAAUCAAUGCAAUGCCCUACAUUUACAGUAGACUCUUCAGUGGCGCCACUUUUCCAAUUCUCUCACAAUUUAACCCACUCAUCAUUUAAAUUCAAUGUCUAGUUGAGAUUUACAUUUGGUUGAGUUGUC